AUGACCGACCAAGUUACGCCCCAACCGCCGCCUAAGAAGGACGAGAAGAAACCGACUGCGGGUGCUAGUAACCGUACUUCGAAGAGAAACCCAUCUGGCUCGACCAAUAAGCCAUCAGGUGCUUCUCAGCCAACUCAGGCGCGGACUGCAAGCAACAAGAAGCCAGCGACUGCUCCCAGCGGACACGAGUCUGGCUCAGACACGACUUCGCGCAAAGGUUCAGACAGCGGUCGUCGCCCCAACAAGAAUCAGAACAACGGCAAUAACAGCAAUAACAACAACAACAACAACAACCGUCAGUCCAGCCAUCGCAAAUCCCAACCAUCUCAAGGCAGUCGCAAUCCCAAGACAUCGUCCCCACCACCGGGCGAGUCGAGUGUCGCUUUGUCGUCGCUUCAACGCGUCAUUGCCGACCUAAAGACGACAUCUCCACAGCCUCCUCAGAUGCACUCCAAUCUACCAGUCAAUGCUCCCGUCUUCCAACCCGGUGCAGCUGCGCAUCGCAAAGCCGCUUCUGUCGGACCUGGCAGCCUGUCUGGCAAUUUCAACUCGUUUGCCCCCCAUUUGGGCUCAAUGAACGAAGACGCAGAAGACUCGGCUGGUGGAAUGUAUGAGGAAGGAGAAAUUCCCGAAGUUCGAGGGCAUCAGCCUCGUGCCCAAUCACAGAGUUUUGUCGCGCCGCGUUUCGCUGCAUUGGCUGCCCAGCAAGAGCAAGGAGAAAUUGUUGGCCCUUCUGGUCGCCCUCAACUUGCUCCCGGUUUCAUGUUUGGAGCUGGUGCUGGAGGCCGUCGACGAGGUGGCCCAAUGGGUCCUCCCAUCAACGAGGAAGAUGUGAACUUCCAGUUUCCUCAAGCUCAACAUUAUGAACCAGCAACCGAGUCUAAGCAUCGUAAAACCGAAAGUGCAGAGAUUACUGGUAUCAUGGCCGAACAGAUUGCCAUCCAAAGUCAGAUUGAAGCAUUGCAACAGCAGCAGCAAGCUCUCUACCAGCAACAGCUUGCCUCGAACCAAGUCUUAUCCUACCAGACUCCCGGCCUCGCUCCCAACCGUGGCGCUCAUCGACGAGUUCACAGCACAGUUCCCAUGGGUGCUGGCGGUAACUUCCCUCCCAACCAGUUUGGCAAUCUCAAUACCCUCGGAAUGGGACUCGAUGGACAACCACAAGGGGUUCCUCGUGGUCACGGACGCCGUCAUAGCGUCAAUGUUGUGAACAAGCCUGCAUUUGGCGCCAAUGGAGGAUCCAUCAGUUAUGGCAACCCUUAUGGAGGCCAGGAUGGAUUCGACGAUGGUUUCAAUCCUCCGUCGUUUGGACCGGGUGGUCAUUCGCGUCAGCCUUCGCGUGUAGCUGACUCAAGCUGGCGCAUCAAUGGUGGCGUUGGUGGCGUGCAAACCAAUGCCUUUGCUGCCGAUCUGGCUCAAGCCCAAGCUCAGUUGCAGAGUCUCCAGCAAUUCCGUGCCGCUGCUGGUGGUCAUCACAACAAGAUGGCGUCGUUUAGCUUUCCGAACAUGUUGCCCAAUAUGAUGGCCGCCAACAUGAUGGGUCUUGGUCUUGGAGGCAUGAACAUCCUUCAGCAACAGCAACAACAAUUCCAGUCCCAGCUUCAACAGCAGUCCAACCAACCUCAACGCAAGUCACUCUUUGCGCCAUACCUACCUCAAGCUUCCUUGCCUCCGCUUCUUGCUGCCGGAAAACUCGUUGUGGGUAUCCUUCGUGUCAACAAACGUAACAGGUCCGAUGCCUAUGUCGCGACCGAAGUACUUGAUGCAGAUAUCUACAUCUGUGGAUCCAAAGAUCGUAAUCGCGCUCUCGAGGGCGACAUUGUUGCAGUUGAAUUGUUGGAUGUCGAUGAAGUGUGGGGCACUAAGAAGGAGAAGGAGGAGAAGAAACGCAAGAAGGAGGAAAAUGCUGCCUACGAUCUCAAAUCCGCUGCUGGUCGGAAAGAUGACAAGAAAAAGGAUGAUGUCGAGGUUGAAGGACAAGGGCUAAUGCUUUUCGACGACGAAGAAGUGACGGACGACGUCAAGCCUCAAUUCGCAGGUCACGUCGUCGCGGUUGUUGAACGCAUGCCUGGUCAACUUUUCUCGGGAACACUUGGUCUUUUGCGUCCUUCUUCAGCCGCCACCAAGGAAAAGCAAGAAGCCGAACGUCGUGAGCGUGAAGGUGACAAAGGCGAUGAGCCUCGUCGUGGCCCCAUUGAACGCCCCAAGAUUGUUUGGUUCAAGCCAACGGACAAACGCGUUCCUCUUAUUGCUAUCCCUACUGAACAAGCACCGACCGACUUUGUUCAAAACUCAGAAGCCUAUGUUAACAAGCUCUUUGUUGCUUGCAUUAAGCGUCAUCCCAUCAGCUCUCUCCAUCCCUUCGGUACCUUAGUCGAAGAAUUGGGGCCGAUUGGAGAUAUCGAAGUAGAAACCAGUGCUCUACUCAAGGAUUGCAACUUCCCCACUGAAGACUUCACUGACAACGUUAUCAAAUGCUUGCCCCCGAUUCCUUGGACGAUUCCGGAACGAGAGUUUGAAAUUCGCAAGGACCUCCGUUCUGACCGUGUCUUCUCUAUCGACCCCGAGACCGCCAAGGACCUCGACGAUGCACUGUCCAUCAAACUCAACGAGGACGGUACUUACGAUGUUGGAGUUCAUAUCGCCGACGUUUCUUACUUCGUCAAGCCCAAUACCGCUCUUGACCGUGAUGCUCGGAAACGUGCGACAAGCGUCUAUCUUGUCCAGCGAGCAGUACCUAUGCUGCCACCAGCACUGAGCGAGCAACUUUGCAGUCUCGUUCCUGGUCAAGACCGCCUUGCCUUCUCCACAGUCUUCACUAUGACGAAAGAAGGGAAUGUUUUGAAGAAGUGGUUUGGCAAAACCAUCAUCAAAUCCGCUGCCCAGUUGGCGUACAAGGAUGCGCAGAACGUUAUUGAGGGCAAGCCACUGGGCCCUGUUGCAGUCAUUCCUGAGCACUCAGCAGUCGAUAUCGAACAUGAUAUCAAGAUCCUUGAAAGCAUUGCCAAGCAGCUUCGUGCUCACCGUUUCGAGAAUGGUACCCUCAGCCUCAACUCCAACCGUCUCUCCUUCACCUUAGAUGAACGUGGCAUGCCUGUUGAUUGUGGACAAUACGAGCGCGCUGAUGCAAACGAACUCAUCGAAGAAUUCAUGUUGUUGACCAAUAUUGCGGUCGCCCAACAAAUUGCAGUCCACCUUCCAGAGCAAGCCCUCCUUCGGCGUCAUGACAAUCCUAUUGAUCGGCGCUUGAAUGUCUUUGCUGAACGUGCUAGACGCCUUGGUUAUGAGAUGGACACCACCUCUGCUGGGACCAUGAUGCGUUCCUUUAAUGCUGUUACUGAUCCCACCGCGCGUAGACUGUUGGAGUUGCUGUCGUUCAAGGCUACCCACCGCGCCAAAUACUUCUGCGCGGGUAUGCUUGACAUUGCCAAAUAUCAGCAUUAUGCUCUGAACAUUCCCCUCUACACGCAUUUUACAUCUCCGAUUCGCCGAUAUGCCGAUCUUCUUGUCCACCGCCAGCUCGAGUCGGUGUUGCAGGGCCCUGCUGCGGCUGAACCCAAGUUUACUAUGGAUCGCGACGCUGUAGCCAAGGUUGCUCAACAAUGCAACAUCAAACGCGACUCCGCGACGCUCGCUCAGGAACAAUCAGCCCACCUUUUCCUUUGCGUCCUCAUCGCUGAUCUGACUCAACGCUAUGGUCCGGUUGUCCGUCAAGCCAAGGUUGUGGGCGUGCUCGAUGCUGCUUUUGAUGUUCUCGUGCCAGAGUUCGGCAUUGAAAAACGGGUUCAUGUUGACCAGAUGCCUAUUGAUAACCAUGUCUACGACGAACACACCCACACACUCCAAAUCUACUGGUCUGACCGCGAUGUGAUUACGUGGCUUGCAGAGAACAGUGAUGACGAGCAUCUCAAGAAGAUGAAGCAGAAUGCUGAACAACAUGCGGUCAAAAUGGAGGUUACUUCCCGCUCGGUCCAUGAUGAAAGCGCACUUUUCGACGAAGACGAGGGUGAUGAAGACGAAAUUGUUCUGGGUCGCGAGGAGAAGGCGCAAGUACCGGAGACUUCGGGCCAGCGCCUGCUGUCUAUUGCCAAAGUCAAGCCCGAGUUUGAAGGGCUUCGCUCCACUUCUUCUGGCCAUAAGAUUCAGGACAUCCGUGAGCUUAUGACUGUUCCAGUCAUUGUCACGGCGGACCUCACCAAGAGCCCUCCCGUCAUCAAGGUGUACAGUAUGAAUCCGUAUGCUGAACAGAAGAAAUAA